AUGGGGUAUCAGAUCUCUCUGCUUGGGAUUUUGGUGGCUUUACUGACUAUUUCUCACUCAAACCAUGGUUCUCAUUCCACAGCUAAAGACAGAUUUAAAAGGGACAUUAGUCUGGCACAACCUCGCAUCUCUUCUGAAAGGGGAAAUUUAAUCUUCCAUGCAGGCUCUGCCAGAAAUAUUGAAUUCAGAACUGGAUCACAGGGAAGAAUAAUAGUGAAUGAAGAAGAUCUUGCACAGACCUUUAGGCAGAUCCAGCAGAAUAAAGAAGAAAUUCUAGAACUUAAAAGAGCUAGUAUCUCUCAGAAUAUUUCUAACCAGCUCACACAACUUAAUUUCAAGAUUGUGAAUAUCGAAGGCAGACUUCAGAACCUUGAACAGAUCUUUUUGAGAAAGGCUUGUAGCAGCAACCCUUGCCAGAAUUCUGGAACCUGCAUAGAUUUGCUGGAUGCUUUCUUUUGCCUUUGUCCCACGAACUGGCAGGGACCGUUGUGUUCUGUUGAUGUUAAUGAAUGCCAGAUUUAUGCUGGGACACCACUAGGCUGCCAGAAUGGAGCUACAUGCGAAAAUACUCCGGGUAGCUACAGUUGCAAAUGUACACCAGAAACCUAUGGCCCUCACUGUGCAUCAAAAUUUGAUGAUUGCCAGGCAGGAUCUUCUGCUCUUUGUGAACAUGGGCUCUGUAUUGAUGGAAACAGAGAGCAAUUUGGCGAGCCCAAGUACUCCUGUAUCUGUGAUGCUGGCUGGAUGUCACCGCCAGGGAGUGUUGCCUGUACGGCUGAUAUUGAUGAGUGUAGCCUCCCGAAUCCUCCCUGCUCACUGAAUCCCCCUGUCCGGUGCUUUAACACGCCAGGUUCUUACACGUGUGACCUUUGUCCAGCAGGUUGGGAAGGAAAUGGCUACAGUUGUCAGGAUAUUAAUGAAUGUGAAGUGAAUAAUGGUGGUUGUUCAACUGCCCCAAUGGUUCAGUGUGUCAACACAAUGGGGUCCUUCUACUGUGGUCACUGUCCACCAGGCUAUGAAGGAGAUGGGAGAGUGUGCAACCAAGUUGAUAUUUGCUCAGUAAACAACGGAGGAUGCCAUCCACUUGCUUCAUGUAGCAGCACCUCAGGCCCUAUACCAACAUGUGUCUGCCCAGCUGGGUAUACUGGGAAUGGAUAUGGCUCAAUCGGAUGUGUUGCCCUGAGCAAUAUCUGCCAAACACAGAACCCUUGUAUCAAUGGAAUGUGCCUUGCUACAGUUGCCGGCUACCACUGUGUGUGUAAUUCUGGCUGGACCGGUGUCAACUGUUCAGACAACAUUGAUGAGUGUGCCAGUAAUCCUUGUCAGCAUGGAGGAACCUGCACUGAUGGGGAGAACAGCUACUCUUGUGAGUGUACAGACACUUGGACCGGACCUCAGUGUGAGACACCCCAACAAGCUUGUGGAGGGACACUUUCAGGCCUCUCAGGCUCUUUCCACUAUCCUACCAACCCAGGCAUUGAACUGCAUAGCCAAGAGGUCACCUGUAACUGGAUUAUCCGGACUAGUUAUAACAAGAUCCUGCGUAUCACUUUUCCAUUCCUCCAGCUGGAGGAAACUGUCAGCUGCAGGUCUGAUUUUCUCCAGAUUCAUGAUGGAGAGUCACCGACAGCAAUCAUGCUGGGAAAAUACUGUGGCUCGUCUCACCCCGAAGAGCUUUUCAGCAGUCACAACUCUCUGUAUUUCCUUUUCCAUUCUGACCGCAUAACCAAUGGAAAAGGGUUUACAGUUCAUUGGGAAUCUCAAGAACCUGAAUGUGGUGGAGAACUGAAUGAUGCUUAUGGCUCAAUUAAUUCACCGGGGUACCCUGGCAACUACCCUCCCAACAGGGAUUGUUACUGGAAGCUCUCAACCAAUCCUGGCCUCCUCAUCACUUUUGCCUUUGGUACACUGAGCCUUGAACACCAUGAUAAUUGCAGCAAGGACUACCUGGAGAUUCGAGAUGGGCUUCUCCCUCAGGAUCCCCUUCUCGGAAGAUAUUGCGAUUCUGGCCUACCACCUCCUCUUCAGACCACAGGACCCUAUGGCUGGGUUCACUUUCAUUCUGAUUCUUUUGGUAGUGAUAGAGGCUUCCACAUCACAUACACCACAUCGCCUGCGGAUCCCAACUGUGGAGGAAACUAUACAGAGAGCAGUGGAGUUAUUAUGUCCCCCUACUGGCCUAAUUCUUAUCUUAACAACAGACAAUGCAUCUACAUCAUCCGACAGCCACCUGGUGAAAAAAUCUCUCUCAACUUUACACACCUGGAACUAGAAAGUCAUCCUGGCUGCUCUUGGAGCUAUAUUGAGGUCCUAGAUGGCGACACCGAGAUGUCUCCCUUAAUCAGCAAGUUAUGUGGCAACGUACCUCCUCCAGCCCUCAAUUCCAACGGCAACAGUCUCUGGAUCAGGUUCAAGUCUGACACUUCAGCCCACAAGUCAAACUUCAGGGCUGUUUACGAUGUUGCCUGUGGGGGAACUUUGUCUGGUGAUGGUGUCAUCAGGUCUCCCUAUUAUAUGAGGGCAUUGUCUCAUGACAAGAUCUGUGAAUGGAUCAUCUCCCAACCAGAAGGCCAUGUAGUGAUUUUGAAUUUCACUGACUUUCGCAUUCGUAAUGUCACAAACUGUGCCUUGGAUUAUGUUGAGGUCAGAGAUGGCAACAGUGUGAAUUCUCCUGCUUUGGGAAAAUACUGUGGUAUAAGAGUUCCAUCAGUUAUUCAGUCUAGCCAGAACUAUCUUUAUGUAAAAUUCAGUGCAUCAUCCAUUACCAACCUUGGCUUCCUUGCUGAAUACAAGUCUUUUGAUGCAGCAUGUGGAGGAACUCUUACAGAAUCUUCUGGAACUAUUGCAAGUCCUGGCUAUCCAGUCAACUACCCGCAUGGUAUCAGAUGUACAUGGACCAUCUCAGUACAGCCUGGUAGCUUAAUCCAUCUGACCUUCACAUAUUUUAAUAUUGAAUUUGGUUACAUUUGCUCCAAGGAUUACCUUGAAAUCUAUGACAACAGCACUAUGAAAAAGCUGGGAAGGUACUGUGGGAGGUCAAUUCCACCAUCUAUUACCAGUAGUGGCAACACAAUGACACUAUAUUUUGUGACAGACCAUGAUGUUGCCACAGAGGGAUUUUCUGUUAAUUAUGCUUCACUGGAUGCAUCUGCAGCAUGCUUAUACCAAUACACAACAGCUUCUGGUGUGUUGACCUCUCCAAACUAUCCGGGCCACUACCCUGACGAAAUGACAUGCAUAUACAAGAUUCAGGUGGAGAGGAACAAACAGAUUGCUUUGCACUUUACCAACUUCUCUUUGGAAGAGGAUGCAACAUGUUCAAGUGAUUAUGUAGAAAUCAGGGAUGGAGGUUAUGAGACUUCACCAUUAAUUGGAAAAUAUUGUGGCUCGUCAUUGCCUCCUGUUACUGUCUCUCAUGGUAACAAGCUGUGGAUAAAGUUUGAAAGUGAUAUACUUAUCACAAGCACUGGAUUCUCAGCUUACUGGGAUGGAUCAUCAAGAGGUUGUGGUGGAACCCUCUCCACGUCAUCUGGAAUCUUCAUGUCUCCCAACUACCCCAUGCCCUACUACCACAAUGCAGAAUGCUACUGGCUGCUGAAGUCAAGCCAUGGAAGUCCAUUUGAGAUCCAGUUUGAUCAGUUCCACUUAGAGGCACAUCCACAGUGCCAAUUCGAUUAUCUUGCUGUCUAUGAUGGCAACAGUACAAAUGCUAGGAUGCUGGGAAAAUUUUGUGGCAAUCAGAUACCACCCACAAUCCAGUCUACUGGGGAUAGUGUAUAUGUAAAACUAAGGACAGAUGGUUCUUUGAGAGGUGGAGGUUUCCUUGCUAAUUAUAAGCAGAUUUGCCGGGGAAUAAUAAUCACCAGGCACCAAGGCAUAUUGGAAAGUUUAAAUUACCCUGAUAACUACCCUCCGGGUACAAACUGUGACUGGACCAUCCAAACUACUUCUGGUAACACCCUCAACUACAGCUUUCCAGCAUUUAGCACAAAAGGAGGAGAGAACUGUCAACGUGACCAUGUAAAGCUUUAUGAUGGGCCCAAUGCCCAGUCCAACUUGAUAGGCACUUUCUGUGGGGACAGUCAACCGCCAUCUGGUGGUACAGUAAGUUCCAGCCUUCACAUAGUGUUCUUCUCUGACAGAAUACAGGAAUCUACUGGAUUUCAGAUGCUGUGGAAUGUCAAUGGAUGUGGUGGAGAGCUGUAUGGGACUUCUGGAUCUUUCCAUAGCCCUGGAUAUCCAAACAAUUAUCCAAACAAUAAGGAAUGCCACUGGUAUAUCCACACAGCCCCAGGUAGUAGCAUUCAGCUCACCAUUGUGGAAUUCGAUGUGGAAUACCAUUCGAACUGCAACUAUGAUGUUUUGGAGAUCUAUGGUGGGCCGGACUUAUCAUCUCCAAGGCUGACCCAACUGUGUGCCCCAAGAUCACCACAAAAUCCUCUGCAUGUCUCCAGUACUGGAAAUGCCAUUGUAGUCCGGUUUAAAACAGACCAAGCUGUGAAUGGGAAAGGAUUCAAUGCGACCUGGCAAGAGAUAACUGGAGGCUGUGGAGGAGUUUUCCAAGCUCCAAGAGGUGAGAUCCAUUCUCCCAAUUAUCCUCAGCCUUACAGUAACAACUCCGAUUGCUCCUGGGUGAUCCAGGUGGACAGUGGUCACCGUGUUCUGUUGAACUUCACAGAUGUUGCGAUAGAACGCCACAAUUCAUGUGACUUUGACUACGUUGCAGUAUUUGAUGGUUCAAAUGAGCAAGCUCCACUUCUCGGAAAAGUCUGCGGUCAAGAGCGGCCUUUGCCGAUCAUAUCCACCCAAAAUACCAUGUUUGUGCGAUUUCGCUCUGACAGGAGUAUCCAUCUCAGAGGCUUCAGUGCUCAAUUCAUGGAAGCCUGUGGAAGUGUUUUAGACGCUGAUUCAGUUGGUGUAGCAAUUUCCUCUCCUCUGUACCCAGCCAACUAUCCAAACAACCAGAACUGUAGUUGGAUUAUUCGAGCCCAGGAUCCAUUCAACCAUAUUACAGUGUCAUUCACUGAUUUUGAGAUUGAAAACAACAGACGUAACUGCAGCACAGAUUAUAUAGAAAUACGAGAAGGGAAUAAUAACAAUGCUCCUCUGCAAGGGCGCUAUUGUGGAACCACCAUGCCUCAUCCUGUUACUUCAUUUGGCAAUGCCUUGGCCAUCAACUUUAUCUCUAAUAAUGCCACUACUGCCAAGGGGUUCCGUGGUAUCUUUACUGCAUCAACAUCUGCCUGUGGAGGGACCUUCCAUAUGGAGAGUGGAGCCUUCAAUAGCCCUCACUUUCCUGAUCCUUACCCACUGAAUGUCGAAUGUGUCUGGAAUAUUCAGAGCUCCCCUGGCAACCGGCUCCAGCUGUCUUUCACAGAAUUUCAGACAGAAGCAAGUGAAAAUUGUACCAAGGACUACGUAGAAAUCAGAGAGGGCAGCCUCAGCGGUCAGCUGGUGCAACGAUACUGUGGACACACCUUGCCAAGGAAUUACACUUCUAUCACCGGACACAUUCUGUGGAUUAAAUUUGUCUCAGAUGGUUCAGGCCGUGGAGGAGGCUUCCGGGCUACCUUUUCUCACUUGUUUGGCAAUAAUAUUGUGGGAGACAGUGGACAAAUAGCUUCUCCACUCUGGCCAAGGAGGUACCCUCACCGUUCAAACUACCACUGGACAGUAACAGUUAAUGCAACACAAGUUAUCCAUGGUGAACUCUCACAGAUUGAUAUUGAAGGUCUGUAUAACUGCCACUUUGACAAGCUGAAGGUGUACGAUGGACCCAACACACACUCUCGUCUCAUUGCAACUUACUGUGGCACAGCCCCUUCUUCUUUUACCUCUUCUGGAAGCUCUGUGACUCUUCAGUUCAUCUCUGAUUUUUCUGUAAAUGGAAGGGGUUUCCUUUUGGAUUGGUAUGCAAUGGAUGCUCCUACAGACAUCACUCACAGCAUUCCAGUAGGUGCCUGUGGAGGUUUCUCAGCCACCAGCGAUACACCUUUAUUCCUCUUUUCACCAAGCUGGCCCUCAAACUACAAAAAUUUUGAAGAUUGUACAUGGGUCAUCAGAUCACUGGACUCAACCGUGGAAUUCAACAUCCUGGCCCUGGACAUUGAGUCUCACAGCUCAUGCAAUUAUGAUAAACUGGUCUUCAGAGAUGGGGACAACAGUCUUGCACCAGUUCUGUCCACUAUAUGUGGCCGUGAAAUACCUGGACCAAUCAGAUCGACUGGAGAUGCCAUGUUUGUUCGAUUCACGUCAGACUCAAGUGUCACGGGUGCUGGUUUUAAUGCCUCUUAUCACAAAAGUUGUGGUGGUUACCUGCAUGUAGACAGAGGGCUGAUAACUUCACCCAACUAUCCACAGACUUAUCCUCCUAACUUGAAUUGUUCUUGGCACAUUCUGGUUACUGCUGGUUCUGUCAUAGGCAUCCAUUUUGAACAGCCAUUCCAAGUGCUGAACGAAGAUGCUUCCUGCAGCCAUGGAGAUUAUGUUGAGCUUAGAAAUGGACCCGACUCCUCUGCUCCACCAUUGGGAACCAGUAGCAGGAAUGGGCGUUUCUGUGGCAAUAAUCCAUUUUCUACCAUGUACACUACAGAUAACCAGCUCUUUGUCCACUUCAGUUCUGACGGUAGUAAUGGAGGGAAAGGUUUCAGGCUGAAGUAUGAGGCAAAGGGUCUUGCUUGUGGAGGAAAUGUCUACAUUGCUCCAGGCAAUCCUUCUGGGUAUAUCUCUUCACCCAAUUAUCCUGGCAAUUAUCCACCACAUGCUGAUUGUAUCUGGAUGAUAAACGCACCAUAUGGGGAGGUAGUGGAGCUGAAGUUUGAAGAUCAAUUCAAUAUCCAUCCUUCACCUAACUGCACAUUAAAUUAUAUUGAAUUACGAGAUGGUGCUGGCUCUAAUGCACCAGUAAUCAACAGACUGUGUGGGAAUUUUUUGCCAAGCAUUCAAAGAUCAACAGGUUCCACCCUAUAUAUGAGAUUUCGGUCAGACAGUACAGACACAGGGGUUGGAUUCAAUGCCAAGUAUUCAAAAGCUGUAUGUGGUGGAACAUUGACAGGACAAUAUGGACUUAUUGAAAGUGUCGGAUUUCCUGAUGGUCACUAUCCAGACAAUUUGUUGUGUGAAUGGUUUAUCCAGGGGCCAGUGGGUCAUUAUCUUACUAUUAACUUUGAAGCACUAGAUAUUCAGAACUCAACAGAGUGCAUGAAUGACUACUUGGAAAUUCGAGAACGCAGUGCUUCAGGAGAUUUAUUGGGUAGACACUGUGGUACUGCUAUUCCAAAUGCUGUGGAUACCUCUAGCCACCAGGCUUAUGUCAAGUUUGUCACUGAUGAAUCUAUUAGUGCUCCAGGUUUCAGGCUGCAUUUUGCUGCUAGUAGUGAAGAGUGUGGAGGUGAAUUUCAUGGUACUGGCGGGACGUUAACCUCCCCCAGCUAUCCAAAUCCCUACCAACACAAAAUAAAAUGCGAAUGGAGAAUCAUGGUGCCAUCUGGACGCCGUGUCACUCUUACCAUUAGUGACAUGAAUUUUGAAUUCAGCCAGAAUUGUAGCCUGGAUUAUUUGUCUGUUCAUAAUGGCUUUGGUGAAAACACACCCAGAUUAUCCAAAUUAUGUGGCAGGGCAUCUCCAGGCACACAGGUGAAAUCCUCUGGGAAUAAGAUAACAAUAAUGAUGGUAAUAAGCCAUGAUGAUUCAGAGGCAAGUUUCAGAAUUGCAUAUGCUUCUGAUGAAGAUGCAGUGUGUGGAGGGCAACUUACCAGCUCAGUUGCCGGAAAUAUCUCUUCUCCUGGUUAUGAUGGUAUCAACAAUUAUACAAACAAUCUGAAUUGUGAAUGGGUCAUCCAUAAUCCACAGCCAUCCAUCACAACUCUUUUCCUUCACCUUGAAAAUUUCCGCUUGGAACAGCACAUUGAUUGCCAAAAUGAUUACUUAGAAAUUCGACAAGGGGAUUCUGAUGGGGAGCUGUUAUACAGACUAUGCGGCCAUACUGCGCCUAAUGAAAAACUACUAAUAGCAUCUCCUCAGAUCUGGAUACAGUUUUUGAGUAAUGGUCAACAUACAGACAAAGGAUUUUUAAUCCGCUAUUCAUCACUAGCCUGUGGUGGUGUUCAAGAAGGUGAAGGUGGAAUUAUUUCAAGCCCUAACUAUCCACAACCUUACAACAGUCAUAGUUUUUGUUCCUGGCUUUUAGUCGCACCAGAAGGACAUACCAUAAAUGUGACGUUUGUGGCUUUUGCCAUUGAAAGGCACAGUAGCUGCAGAUGGGACUCAGUCACCAUUCUGAAUGGUGGAUCUCCUGAUUCUCCUGUCAUAGGUCAAUAUUGCGGAAACACAUCACCAGGCACCAUUCAAUCAGGUUCCAAUCGGUUAUUAAUAAACUUCCGCUCUGACCGUUCUGUUCAGGGAGAUGGUUUCUAUGCAACGUGGAGCGCGGAUUCUUUAGGAUGUGGUGGAAUUCUUCAUUCAGAAAAUGGUACCAUCCAUUCUCCUCACUGGCCUGAGAAUUUCCCUAAUAACAUUAGGUGCUCAUGGACAAUAAUUACACAGGAAAGCAAACAUUUAGAGGUGACCUUUCAUGAAAUUUUUGAGAUUCCAGAUAGCAGUGGACAAUGUCAAGGCAGCUACGUGAAGGUGCUGAAAGGAAGUGAUGAAGAAGAGGAAGAUGCUGUAUUAGCUGUUGGGUGUGGAAAUGCAGCACCUGGAUCUAUUGUUGCCCCAGGAAAUGUGAUGACAAUUGUGUUUCAGUCACAAGACAUCCCAGGGCAUGGAUUUUCUGCACCUUUUAUAAGCAGGUGUGGAGGAAAUUUCACUGCGCCAACUGGUCGACUGGUCUCCCCUAACCACCCCAGGCAAUAUGAAAACAACCUGAAUUGCAAUUAUAUCAUAGAUGUGGGGCCCCAGUCUGUUGUCAUCCUGAAAUUUGAAAUGUUUGAUUUACAAGCUCAGCAUGUCUUAGAAUACUGCGCUUAUGAUGGAGUAAAUAUCUUCAGAGGAAACCGCAUCACAUCAUACCCAGUGGCAACAUAUUGCGGCAAUGAAAUCCCUGGUCCUAUCAGUAUAUUUGGGUCCACACUGCUGAAUUUCUACACAGAUUCUGAUAUUGUUGGCACUGGAUUUUUGGUCACUUAUACAGUAAUCUCUUGUGGUGGCGUUUUUAAUGGCACCUCAGGCACAAUCAAGAGUCCUACUCAUUCGUUUACCGAGUAUCAUCACAAUAUGAACUGUUCCUACCACAUCAUUGUUGGAAGCAACAGGAUAGUGGCAUUGAAAUUCAAUAGCUUCCACCUUGAAGCCUCGGGAUCUUGCUACAAAGAUUAUGUUGCUGUAUAUGAUGGACCAGACAUCAUUUCUCCACUUCUUGGCAAAUUCUGUGGUGCAGUCCUGCCUCCAUCUAUCAAAACGUCCUCAAAUCAUUUGCUUCUCAUGUUUAGUACUGAUUCCUUUGGAGCUGCUGAUGGAUGGAAAGCAUCUUUCAGGGAGACCGUAGGUCCUCAGCAAGGUUGUGGUGGCUUUUUGACGCGUUCAACUUACAGCUUUAGCUCUCCAGAUUCCAACAACGAUGGCAGAUAUGACAAGGAUUUAGAGUGUGUGUGGAUUAUAGCUGCGCCGGUAGACAAGCUGAUCAACCUCACCUUCCACACGUUUGCACUGGAAGCAUGGAGUUCUCAAAGAUGCCGAUAUGACUAUGUCAAACUAUAUGAUGGUAGUAAUGAAAAUGCUACUCUAGUUGGUACAUUUUGUGGCUCCAACAUUCCACCUGCUUUUCUUUCAACUGGCAACUUCUUGACUAUUAAAUUUGUCACUGACAUGUCUAUAGAAAGAGCGGGUUUCAAUGCAACUUACACUACUGUAGACAGAUUGUGUGGAGGUGUAUAUAAUGCAACUUCCACCCCCCAAACUGCAACAUCACCCUACUUUCCAAAUGCAUAUCCACCGUUUACAUUCUGCAGAUGGGUCAUUGAUGCUCCUCCUGAGCAACAAGUCAAACUAGCAGUACAGGAAUUCCACCUUUCUUCCAGCCAAGACUGCUCUCAGAAUUACCUGGAGUUUCAGGACUCUCCAUUGGUCAAUCACGAACAUGCGGAUCGUGUCCAUCGCUUCUGUGGCUCUGAGAACUUCCCCAUCCCUGAGUUUCAUUCUUACAGACGAACUGUGGUUGUAAUUUUUAGAUCAAAUGCUUACAUCAGUAACAACGGCCUCAGCUUCUCUUAUCAAACUUCAGGCUGCAGCAGAGAAUAUAAUCAAUCAUUUGGUUAUCUGAAGAGCCCAGGGUGGCCUAAUCCUUAUCCUCAUAAUUUGGAUUGCACCAUUAUUUUACGAUCCCCAAGAAAUCACAGCAUCUCUCUCUUCUUCAGUUCUUUUCACCUAGAAGAUAUGGGAUGUCAGCAUGACUUCUUAGAGGUGAGAAAUGGUAGUGAUGCCAACUCUCCACUGCUUGGCAAGUACUGUGGAAAUAACCUCCCCAGUCCUGUAUUUCCUAAAAGCCAUGUCGUGUAUCUGCACUUCAGAACUGAUCCCUUGCUUGCUCAUAACGGAUAUGAAAUUACAUGGACAUCAUCACCAACUGAGUGUGGUGGUACACUAUAUGGCGAGACUGGUUCAUUAACCAGUCCAGAAUACCCAGCUUCUUAUCGGAAUCAGACAGAUUGUGAAUGGACAAUUAAUGCUCCCAAAGGAAGAGUAGUUACCAUUCAUUUUGAUAUGAUCAGCAUUGAUGAUCCAGGUGACUGUACUAAUAACUACGUGAAACUCUAUAAUGGACCAGACAGUAGCAGUGCACUUGUUGGGCCGUACUGUGGACAGGCCACAUACAUCGCUCCAUUUACAGCUUCAUCACAUCAAGUGUUCAUAAAAUUCCAUGCAGAGUAUGUGAUUUUACCAUCAGGAUUUAGGCUAACCUGGAGCAGCUAAAAUACAUCUCUUGUGGAAAAUACCUUUACUGAGCACUUUUCAUCACGGAACAUAUUUCAGUGAAUGUGGCUGUGUUUGUGAUGACAAUAAAAUUAUUUGUGGGAAAUGCCA